CUAAACGUGAACCAAAAGCUGAUCUCCCGGUAAGGCAACUCUCGUACGACAGACGAACUGACACCACUUCCUUCUUUUCCUCCUACCUCCAUGUCAAUGUCUGACCUCAAUCCAAGGACCACACAUUACGAGUUUUUCGGUCCGCCUGGCGCGCUCUUUGUCACUCUCACCGUUCCUAUCACCACCUAUGCUCUCUACUUUGGCUGCGCCGAAGAAACAGGGGGCUGCCCACCAACGUUGGCUGCUAUCCCUGAUCGCGUAAUUCUCGCUGUAUCAAGUCUAGAUUGGUGGAAAGGUCUCUGGGAUACCGAGGCUGCCUGCAUCUACCUCGCCUGGUACGCGUUUUGUGUCGUCGCAUGGGCCAUACUGCCGGGCGAUCAGAUCGAAGGGGUCACUUUACGCACCGGAGAGAAAAAAAAAUACAAAAUCAAUGCCUUUUCCACUUGCCUAUUGGCACUUGGUAUUGCGGUCGGCAUUAUACGCAAGAACGGCCCUGAAGCAUUCACCUUUUUCUACGAUAAAUGGGUCGGCUUCGUCACGGCAUCUCUCCUGAUGUCUUUAAUUCAAGGCCUCUACGUAUAUGCCAUGUCAUUCCGCCAAGGCAAGCUUUUGGCGUUGGGCGGAAACUCGGACAAUUUUAUUUACGACUUCUUCAUUGGCCGCGAACUCAACCCUUCCAUUGGCUCGCUUGACAUCAAAUCAUUCAAUGAGCUCCGCCCCGGACUUAUACUAUGGACUUUGAUUGACAUUAGCAUGGUAUGCGAACAAGCUGUUCGGAGGGGAGGCUUUGGUAACGUCACAGAUUCUAUGUGGCUUGUCCUUCUUUUCCAAGGCUGGUACGUUGUCGACGGUCUGUAUAAUGAGCCCGCCAUUUUCACGACUAUGGAUAUCACUACCGACGGUUUUGGUUUCAUGCUCUCCGUCGGGGACCUUGCGUGGGUUCCAUUCACGUACUCCCUUCAAGCAAGAUAUCUAGCGUUCAAGCCUUUUGAACUUGGCCCUAUCUUGACCGCCGUAGUUUUCCUGGUGAACGCUACCGGCUACUACAUCUUCCGAGCGGCCAACGGCGAGAAGAAUGACUUCCGCAACGGAAAAAACCCGAAAAAUCUCAAAUAUUUUACCACUUCCUCCGGUUCUAAAUUACUGACUUCCGGAUGGUGGGGUCGCUCCCGGCAUCCCAACUAUUUUGGUGAUCUUCUCAUGGCUUUGGCCUGGUCGCUGCCUACAGGGUUCGACACACCUAUCACAUACUUCUAUGUUUCGUAUUUUCUGGUCUUGUUGAUCCACCGCCAACUCCGGGAUGAUGAUAAGUGCAAGAAAAAAUACGGAGAAGACUGGGAAAAGUAUAAGAAAAUGGUUCCCUACCGCAUCAUACCGUAUAUUUACUGAGCAUACGAUUUGGCUGAGAAAUGUUUAACUUGUUUUGAUUAGCAUUGAAUAAUGUAUGAAUACGCCUCUUGAUCAACAUUUGAUGGAGAACGGGGACUAGCUUGUCGCGAAUCGGAGGCUGCCAGUAGACUGAGAAGUAGGUCAUCCGGCUAAAUUUCAUUUGGG